GCACGACACUCCGGUCUUUUUUACCCCUAGCGCCGCCGGGCCCGCAGGUCUGCGUGGAGCCGCGAUUGCGGGUUUCUGCUCCGCACCAUGGGGUUUGUGAAAGUUGUCAAGAACAAGGCCUACUUCAAGAGAUACCAAGUGAGAUUUAGAAGGCGGCGAGAGGGUAAAACCGACUACUAUGCUCGGAAACGAUUAGUGAUCCAAGACAAAAAUAAGUACAACACACCCAAAUACAGGAUGAUAGUUCGUGUAACUAACAGAGACAUCAUCUGCCAGAUUGCCUAUGCCCGUAUAGAGGGGGACAUGAUAGUCUGCGCCGCCUACGCACACGAGCUGCCGAAAUACGGAGUGAAAGUUGGCCUGACAAACUAUGCUGCCGCCUAUUGUACCGGCCUGCUGUUGGCCCGCAGGCUUCUCAAUAGGUUUGGUAUGGACAAGAUCUAUGAAGGCCAAGUGGAGGUGACUGGAGAUGAAUACAAUGUGGAAAGCAUCGAUGGUCAGCCUGGGGCCUUCACUUGCUAUUUGGAUGCUGGUCUUGCUCGAACUACAACUGGCAAUAAAGUUUUCGGGGCCCUGAAGGGAGCUGUGGAUGGAGGCUUGUCUAUUCCUCAUAGUACCAAACGAUUCCCUGGUUAUGAUUCUGAAAGCAAGGAGUUCAACGCAGAGGUACAUCGUAAGCACAUCAUGGGUCAGAAUGUUGCAGACUACAUGCGCUACCUAAUGGAGGAAGAUGAAGAUGCUUACAAGAAACAGUUCUCUCAGUACAUAAAGAACAACGUUACUCCAGACAUGAUGGAGGAGAUGUAUAAGAAAGCCCAUGCUGCUAUACGAGAGAAUCCAGUCUAUGAGAAGAAGCCCAAGAGAGAAGUGAAGAAGAAGAGGUGGAACCGUCCCAAAAUGUCUCUUGCCCAGAAGAAAGAUCGGGUUGCUCAAAAGAAGGCAAGCUUUCUCAGAGCUCAGGAGCGGGCUGCUGACAGCUAAAGCAAUUUUCUAUGAAGAGUUUUUCAUAAAGAUAAUAAACUUAAUGACCAAGCAGCCA